UGAGGAUCUGUCCCGACUAGGGGGGCUUGGCACCAACAAGAGCGGCGAGGCUGGGUCCUUAAGGACAUCCAGACGAUCCCAUUGACUACCAAACAUAUCCUUUGUUCGAUCCUUUCCUGAUUCUGCUUGAAAGCGGAGUUGAUCUGUACAGUCCGACGAUCUGGCCUUGAUAUUGGAGUGAUUCGAUCUUAUGAAUAGACUCUCCUGCAGUUUAAAGCUCUCAACAAAUUUCGCGCACAAAGCAUCCUACUUCCAGACAGUGGCAAGAUCGCCAGCAAGGACCCUCAACAUUAUGCCUUCUACCAGAAACUCGACUGCAGGUCCCAAAGUAUUGAUGCUACACGGAUACACGCAAAAUGGCCCUCUCUUUCACGCAAAGACGCGAGCUCUAGAGAAAAAUCUACAGAAGAUAUUCCCUGGGAUAUCCCUAAGCUAUCCCACAGGACCUUUACGACUAAAGCCAAGUGAUAUUCCAGGCUUCGAGCCUAGUACCAACGAAGAUGCCGACAGCAUUGAAGCGUAUGGAUGGUGGCGGCGGUCAGAUACCUCCGAUCCUCCGGAGUACAUCGGACUCGACCAGGGCCUAGACACGGUAGCAAAGGUCCUGGCGACCGAGGGUCCGUUUGAUGGGGUGAUUGGGUUCUCACAAGGUGCAGCUUUGGCCGCGAUGGUCGCAUCAUUACUCGAGGGAGAAUCACGAAAACAGGCGUUCGAAAAAGCCCGGUCCAGGUCGCCUCUGGCAAUCUCAUAUCCAGCAGCUUUUGAGCAUUUAGGCCAUCCGCCUCUGAAAUUUUGUGUCGCGUAUUGCGGCUUCAUCGCGCCAGGGGAGAGAUAUCGAGGAUUCUACGAGGAUCCCGACAUUCAGACACCAGUUUGUCACUUUAUCGGCAGCCUGGACAGCGUGGUCGACGAGACGAGAACACAGGCUCUGGUGGAUGCCACCGGUGGUCCAGAAAAGACUCAGGUUGUGACCCAUCCCGGUGGACAUUUCGUCCCGAGCGGCAAACAGUACCUUGACAUUGUCGUCGCCUUCAUCAAGCAGAAUCUGGCAUCGCAGAAAGACCAGCAAGAAAAAGAAGAGCGGGUGGAGGACAUGGAUGUGCCGUUUUAAGCCCACAACAAGACUCUCCUCUUUUCUCGAACUGGCAUCAUGAUACCACAUAGAACAUUAGUCAUAGAUACAGCAUGUACUACUACUAGAAGUACAGUAACCUGCUUUUCCCGCCUG